AUGUCUGGCAUAUCGAAAUCUCGAAGAUGGCAUAAUAAAUCCCGAGCAGGAUGUCGAACUUGCAAAACGCGGCGAAUCAAGUGCGAUCAAACAUGGCCUUCUUGUGAGAAUUGUACAACAGCACGGCGUCACUGCGAUGGGUACGACCGGCAACCACGCGCGAUGCUGCAACGCUAUCAUAUGUCCUUGGAACACUUUAGAGCAUCCUUCUGCUGUGCUGCACCUAAGCCGCUCCCCGGUCGUUGGGGGACUUGCUCGGCCAAGGAGCUGCGAUCCCUGGAACAUUUCCAGAACCGUACCGCUCCCAUGCUCGCCGGAUACUUUCAUUCCGAUGUGUGGAGUGUGCUGCCCUUGUACCUCAGCGAGACCGAGCCAGCCAUCCUGCCGGCCGUCAUUGCUCUGAGUGCGUAUCAUGAGAGCUCCGAGCAGGUCGACUCACCUUUGACCGACGGGGACCCUCUGCCUCGGUUUGUGCUGCAAUUUUAUACGACAGCGAUCUCGCUGUUUCGUGGUAGCCUACUGUCAGACGGGUUGAAACCUCUUGCAAUCAGCUUUAGUCCAUGUCUCCGGGGCGUUGAGCUUUAUCAACGGUCACAAACCGAGAUACCACUUUCUCUCUAUGGCCGACCCCGGAGAUGUGACUUCCCCACUCUCUUGGAUGUCCCCGAUAUCCCACCUAAGUCGCAAGGACGUCGGUUCGACAACCUCAACGAGGCGAGAAUGUCAAGCACUGUCCUGCUUAACUCUACUUUCCGCUUUGUACGCAUGGCAGUUACCGGGUGUAUUCCUGACCCCUUUACCGAACUCUCUAUCCAGCGAAGUCUACAGACACAACUUCAAGAUUGGCAUCUCGCUUUCGAGGCCUUUGUUAUUUCUGCAGGAGCCACCGUCCAAGAUCCGCGAGGCCCCUGCCUGCUUCGUGUCCACCAUAUCCUUGCCGUAGCGUUUCUCUCGGACGCGCUGCCAGAUCGUGAGAGUGCAUUUGAUCUCUGCACGACUCAAUUCGAAGCUAUCGUCACCUCUUUGGAAUUCAUCAUGUCUGAAGACAGGCUUAGAGUGGGUUCACAGGUGUGGUGUUUUGGUCUCGACACCGGCAUCAUUGCGCCCCUUUUCUUUACUGCAAUCAAGUGCCGUGAUGCCUCCAUACGUCGAGCCCUUGGUCUACUUAGCCGUGUACCCCGGUAUGAAGGGCUGUGGGAUGCACAAGAAUCCGCUCAUGCGGCCGAGAUCGCCAUCGACUUUGAAGAAGGUUAUCGAACAGCCGCCCCACGCGCCUCGAUACCAGGCUGGGCGCGGCUUCAAGAUGUCGACAUCUGUCGGAGGGAUGCGGCAGACCCAUCAAGGCAACUCGUGGUUUUAAGAUGGCAACCCGAUGGAAUCGACGGGGAUAUGCAGGGGGUUCACAAGUACAUUCAAUGGUGAUUGGGUGCUCC